AUGGCAUUCUCCGUCCUCUCCCUCGUCGAGUCGUUGAUCAUCCUCGCUUUCAUCAAGCGAAGUCGAGCCAUGGAGAAAAACGCGUCAAAGGCGAUCACCGAGCUGGAGCGGGAGACGUUUUUGGCGGAAAAGCGGAAAUCGUUACGUCAUGCGCAUCUACUGGACCAGAUUUGCCGCGUGCUUUCGCCAGCGUUCUUCAUCGUGUUUUUCAAUUAUUAUGUUUUAUUUGUGGCCCAGGGUGAUGAUAAUGAUUGUGUGAGGAGGGUACCAUUUAAGGGGUUUUUGUCGAAU